UGAAGAACUGUCAGAUCACAGUGAUUGUAAAUAAAAUCCAACAAACUCCGAACCCGCACUCGAAUCUGUUGAAUAACUCUCGAACCAGCUAAAAUUCAUACAUACUUCAAUUCAAGUGAAAAUUCUGUGAAGCCAUGGAUUUUGAACUAAGAAAUCUGAAAGAUUUCCUCACCCUCUACAACCAAGUGACGGAACUGUGCUUCAAGUCCUGCGUGGACAACCUGUUCGGUCGGGAAUUGAGCAGCGACGAAAUCCGCUGCACGGACAACUGCGUCGGAAAGUUCUCCAGCGUGAACCAGCGGCUGAUGCAGGUGUACGUUGGAGCUCAGAGCGAAAUCAACCAGCGACGGAUGGUGGAAUUUGAGGCCCAGCAGGCAAAAGUGUUGGAAGCGCAGAAACAGCAAGAGUCGGCGACCCUGGCGGCACCGGAAGCUGCCAGUGUAUCAGCAAUACAGACUAGUGUGACUGAGCCAGCUACCACCGCAGCAGCGGACAGUGGGAAAGUGGAAACUUUAAAGGAUUAGAAGUUAAGAUAUUAGAUCACAGGCUUUUAGAAUUUAUAUUAGGAGUUGAUUUGGUCAUGAAUAAAGUUUGUUUAGUAGUUCU